CCUGGGGCUCAUCCCGGCCUGUUCCGGGCCCCGUGCUGGCCUAUCCCGCCCGCUGCCCCGGCCAUGGCGCUGCCCGUCGUACACAGGUGCCUCCAACUCACUGAUGAAAAUGAGCAGUUAGUCAAGAAGGUGAAAAAACUACACAUAAAAAAUAAGGAGCUAGAAAGGAAUCUGGGUCAGAUCCAACAGCAACUGUAUCUGCAGCCCUUAAUGCAUGGCACAAGCAGAGAUGUUCAGGUUCAAACAGAAACCCAUUUAUGGCCUAAGGGUGGAGACAGCAAGGAUCUGGUUCUAGAGAGUGACAGUGUCAGACUGCUUCAGAUGUAUAAUGAGCUACAGAAGCGUUACGUUAAAGAAACCAAAACAAACAAGGAGCAAAGUGAAGCCAUUAAAAAUCUCACUAUUAAAAUUAAUGAGCUAGAGCAUAAUCUUCAAGAGCAGAGGCAAAGAAUUGAGCAACUGGAAUGUAAAAAGGUUUCUUGGAAAACUAGUGCUGUUUCUAGAAAACGAAGUCAAACCCCAGAGGGAGGAGUAGCUUCUCACAAGGACAUUUCUGCAGACAAGGAAGCCUGUUGCAGUAGAUAUUUAGAGCUAUUGUUGAAGGAGAUUAAAAAGCUGAAGAAAGAAAAUGGAAAGUUGUCUGCAGAAAAGAGAGCACUAAAAAAUGAAUUAGCUGGAUUAGACAAGGAUUUUUUUGAAGAGGUAGAAGAUCUAAAACAUGCUGUACAGGAAUCUGUGAAACUCAACAAUGAGUAUGAAAAGUGCUUGAAACAAAUCAGUGUAAUGUAUGGACUUCCUUUUACUGCACAUUUGUAACUACUGGGUAAUUUAAUGUCAGGUAGAGUUUCUACAUAUUUUUUAUAAUUACUGCAACAUUUAAACCUACCAUUGCUUAAGUGGUACCAUAGUUUGAUAAUAUAGAUUCAGCAAUGUGAUCUCAUUAUGACAAGUGCUUGGAAAUGUUGUAUUUUGUGACCUAGAUUUUGUUUGUUUGUGUAUAUAUUUAAAUAAACUCUGAUCUGCAUAAAUUCAACUAAGUUUCAAACCCAUCUCUUUCACACUUGCAGAAUAUAUUCUGGUUAUGGGUGUGUAUGGGAAUGAAAUGGAAUUGUUUUGUUUUUCAGAUUUUCCCAAUUUAUCCUUUUCUGUAAGCUACAUAAAAUCAAAGUGUCUGUGUAGAUUUGUCAGUCUGUGUGAAUUUCAGCACGAAGGAUAUGCUAAUGCAAACAAAUUAAUUAUAUCAUUAAAUUAUUGCAGAGGGAUUUCUUAAAGGAAAAAAUGCUAAAUCUCUGCUUGGAAUUUUUCUUCAAUCCCAAUAAUAAGUGAAAAAUUGUGAAUGAAGGAAGGAUUUAGUGUUCAGAAUUGGAAAGUGUAUUCAGAGCAUUUUGCAUCAUCAAAAGAAUAAUUCGUCAGAAGCUCUUUUUUGAUUCAAGAGCAUGAAGAACUCUGGUAUUUGAAGAGCUGAGAAGGAAAGUGGGAGUGCAGAAAGUCACAGUCCAUGAGGCAGAAAUGUCGUGUUGCUUCAGAGAGGGCGAGCAGGGAAUGGAAGGAGACAACUCCCAGUUACAUGUGUAGCUUGCAGAACCUUCGGAGAUUCGAAUCUCAGCCUGUUGGUAAUGACAUGCCACAAAAGUUUAACAUAGUUACAUUGCAGAACUAUGUUUUUCUGAAAGGUGCAGAUCUCUACCUUUGUGACAUUGUGGUGGUAGAGCAGUGAAAACUGCUUAGGGUAGAAAGACUUAAUACAGCUUCUUCAGCUUCAUAAAAAUACAUGGACACUCCUGAAGGAUAGGACUAGGAGUAGGAUUAGGAUUUCAUCCUUAGGACUGAAAGACUUGUGUCCCACUUGGUUUGUUAGGACAGUUUUAUGCAGUUGUAAUUUAAUAAAGAAAUUUGCCUCAAAGCAUGUGCAGUGUUCAGAGUUGCAUAUUCACCAAGUGAUAGGGUAAAGCUCCAGAACUCCUUGUGCCUGCUCUGGCUAUAGAUCCCUUGUUUUGUUCUUGGCUCAUUGUAAAUUAAACCUGGAUAAUGUUCUGAACAAGAGUUGGGAAAGGGAAACAAAAGAGGAGCAAUGCAAAUCUGUGUUGCCAGUAAACCUCAUGGAAGAAAAUAAGGAGGAUAGCAUGCAUAACAGAA